AUGUCUUAUACGAGAAAAAGUAUUUAUGCGUGUACACCUUCCACUAUUCGUGGUAAAGCUGUUCAAUUAGGUUUAGACCCCAAAGGUCAAAACUUUCUUUACACAAAUGGCAAAACUGUCAUUAUUCGAAACAUAGCUGUCAAAAUUGCAACAGAAUAUACUGGUCAUUCAGCAAAUGCCACGGUGGCAAAAUACUCACCAAGUGGAUAUUAUAUAGCUUCUGGAGAAGAACAGAUUUUAAAAAAUGAAAUUAAAGUAAUUGCGGGUAGAAUCAAUGAUAUUGAUUGGGAUUUUGAGAGUAAACGAUUAAUUGCUGUUGGUGAGGAAAUAACUGGACAUUCGAAAGUGAUUAAUAGUGUUAGUAUUCGUCAACAACGUCCAUUCCGUGCAGCUACUGCAUCUGAUGACUCCACUGUAGUAUUUUAUCAUGGAGUGCCUUUCAAAUAUAAUGGUGUUAUAAAGGAUCAUACAGCAUUUGUUCAAGAUGUAAAGUUUUCUCCGGACGGUGAAAAGUUAGUGACAGUUGGUAAAACAGGUAACAAAUUAUGUGAUCUUUCAGAAAUUGUUGGAGAGGAUGGACACAAAGGUGGUGUAUUGGCCGUUUCAUGGUCAUCCGAUAGCAAAAAAUUAUUGACAUCAUCAGCCGAUAAGACUGUUAAAAUUUGGGAUAUCGAAGCUCAAAAAGUUGACCAAACUUUUAAGUUUUCGGAUACAAUUGAAGACCAACAAAUUGGUAAUUUAUGGCAAGGCGAACAUAUAAUAAGUCUUUCUUUGUCAGGAGAUAUAAAUUAUUUGUCCUUAAAUUCAUCUUCCCCUGUGAAAGUUGUUAAGGGCCAUCAAAAAGCCAUUACAGCUUUUACAAAGGAUAAAUAUAAUACAUUUUAUACUGGAAAAGGAAAAGAAGGUAGCGGUAUUCCAAUUGUUGGAACGAAUCAUACUAAUUCUAUCACUCAAUUGGUUCCUCAAGAUGAUAAAAUAAUUUCUAUUGGUAUGGAUGAUACGAUGAGAGUGAUUGAUGUUAAAUCUAAAUCAUUUAGUACUCCUAUAAUUCCAACUGAAUCUCAACCUAAAGGAUUAACAAUAUCAAAAGAUGAUAGAAAUUUCGUUGCAACUCAAGAUAAUAAAAUCAAAAUUAUCAAAAAUGAUAAGAUUAUAUCUAUUAUUGACGUGACUUCCCCUCCUGGGUCCAUUGCUCUCAAUCCUGAUUGUACAGAGAUUGUAGUUGGUUUCGAAGACGCAAAAGUUCGAGUUUAUAAGGUGAAUAAUAAUGAAUUAAAGGAGGAAAAGGAAUUAACAAAUAGUCGAUCUGCCAUUACUGCCAUUUCCUAUUCUUUGGACGGAACUUUAUUUGCUGUUGGAGAUUCUCAAGGGAAAAUAUUUGUUUAUGAUUCUAAGAGUAAAGAGAUUUCUCGUUGGGUUUUUCACACUGCAAGAAUCAAUUCUAUUGCAUGGUCACCAGAUAAUCUUCAUGCAGUAAGUGGUUCUUUGGAUACUAAUAUUUAUAUUUGGAGUGUUGAAAAGCCAAUGAAAAAUCUUGCCAUCAAAGCUGGUGUUAAUGGUGUAAAUUUCCUUGAUAAUAAUACAAUUGUAUCUGUUGGUCAAGAUGCAUGUUUGAAAACCUGGACAAUUGAAUAUUGA